AAUUCUUUCUCGCAGUAUGAUUAAAUGGAUGUGACACCCAUUGCGCUAUUGAUAAUAUUCGGCUAUCUGUAAUCGAAAGUCUACGUUCGAUCUUCCUUGUCAUGAAAAAUGGUUAAAGUAGAGGCUAUAAAAUCCCGACUGUUUCAUGAUUUCAGAAAGCUGCCAAAACGGCUAACAAAAAUUUGAGCUUGAUGACCACUUUCGCUCGCGUGCCAAGUUGCUUAAAAGCCUUGCACACCAGGAAUGGAAGCACCAUUCGAUACUAUCUGCAGCCCAUCGCUGCACAGGCUCCAACAAUAUGCUUCAUUCCAGGAUUUCGGUCAUUGGCUUUCCAAUCGCUAAAGUCUGAGUUUCUCCUCUCCUUGAGUAUGAAGCAAGGCUAUUCCUUCUUGACAUGGGAUCACGCCUCCCAAGGUGAAUCAACAGCGGCUGAUGCAAGCUGCCCUUCUGUCAAACUAUGGUAUGAAGAUUCACUUGAUAUUCUGGACCAAAUUUCAAGCGGCAAACUUCUUCUUGUUGGCGCAAGCAUGGGUGCCUGGAUAUCGCUACUAGUUGCGAAUCGCGGGUCGGCAAGCAUCAAGGACCGCCUAUUAGGUAUCGUAGGCAUUGGCGCCGGCAUCAAUUUUACUGAAGACUGGCUGAACAAUGAAGUUCCUGUAAAAGACCCCACCUACUUAUGGAAACGACCGACUCAAUACCAUGCCAGUGGACACUACGAAAUCCCAGUGAAGAUGUUGCUGGAUUCCAGAGAAUGCCUGAUGCUCGAUGAUGAGAUAUUGGUUCCUUGUCCAGUCACGUUUGUUCAUGGACGUAAUGACGCAGAUAGCAAAUUGGAUAACGUCGUAUCUUUCGCCAAAAAAAUUCCUACUGCCACAGUGCAAAUUAUUGAGGAUGGAGACCAUCGAUUAUCAAAAGACUCUGACCUCGCAUGUGUAGAACAAAUUAUCAUCCAAAUGAUGGAGGCCAAUAAAUGAUGGGAUAUUAAAUAUGCA